CUCUCCAGAGUUUGCGACAUAAAACCCCCGCAUUUCAAUUGGCAUCUCGACCUCCAUGGCCAGGCUCUGCAACUCGAGGCUUCCUUCCAUGAACUUCAUCCCCCAAACCCUAAUUGCUCUCAAAUCAAGAAGCCGUUCAUCUAUACCAUCGAGAUCUUCUAAAGUUUCCUGCAAGUCCUUUAAUGAAGUCCUAGUUCGAAGGACUCGAUCCAAAAAGGAAUUCCAGAAAGAUCUUCUCCAAGAGUUCAUGGCAGAUGGGUGCCAUGUACCAGUUCUUCUCGGUGAGACCCUUGAGGUUUUUAGGGCUCGUAACCUUCGCUCUUUUGUUGACUGCACCAUGGGUGCUGGUGGCCACUCUUCAGCUAUAAUUCGUGAUCAUUCUGAAUUGCAAAUAUUCAUAGGCUUAGAUGUAGAUCCCGUUGCACAUAAACUGGCUUGUGCGCAAAUUAAUGCUGUACUUGCGGAUGAUACUUCCAAAAGAGCUUUGAAGGCCCAUAUUCUUCAAAGAAAUUUUAGAGAUAUCAGAAGUGUUAUUAGCGAGAUUCAUGAAGGUCUUGUUUCUGAGGGUAUCGAUGGGAUUUUAAUGGAUUUAGGAAUGUCAUCCAUGCAGGUUAAUGAUGCCCAAAGAGGGUUCAGUGUGCUAAGCAAUGGCCCUCUUGAUAUGAGAAUGAAUCCCAAGGCUAGUCUGAAAGCGACCGAUAUAUUGAAUUCUUGGCCUGAAGCUGAGAUCGGUCGAAUCUUUCGGGAAUUUGGGGAAGAGAGCAACUGGCGCACCAUUGUGAACAAGAUUGUCAAGGCCCGUGUGAACGGGGGGUUGCAUUCCACUACCGAAUUGGUAGAUCUUAUUAGUGGUUCCUCUACCCGAUCAGGAGGGAGGCAGGGGUGGAUGAAGACUGCUACCCGCAUUUUCCAAGCACUUAGGAUAGCAGUGAAUGAUGAGCUGAAGACAUUGGAAGACACACUAUAUGCAGCUUUCGGGUGCCUUUCUCCUGGUGGUAGGCUUGCAGUUAUAUCCUUCCAUAGUUUAGAAGACAGGAUAGUGAAGCAGACAUUCCUGGACAUCGUCAAGAAAGCGGAUUUUGAGGAAGGUUUGGCUCAUGAGGAUGAGAGAGGUGGUUUGACUCCUCCAGAUGAGAGAGAAGGUUGGAGCAAAGGAAGCAUAGAAGGAAAGGAUGGGGUCGUUCUGACAAAGAGACCAAUAACUCCAUCUCUAGAGGAGGAGCAACUAAACCGCAGAUGUCGAAGUGCAAAACUCCGAGUUUUGGAGAAGAAAUGAUUGUCUACUUAUACUGUAAGUUACGCAUUUCUAAUUGCUGAAGCAAUAGGAUGGCCUUUUUGAAUAGCCACUUUAUAAUGCUCUUUUCUUUUGUAAUUUCUUUAUGUAAGUUUUAAUAUUAUUGUCAAGUCGCAGGUCCAUUUCAAAAAAA